AUGUUACUUUCCUCCGAUCUCAGCAGGCGAACUAUGACAGAGGACAAAUGUAUGCCCAUAGCGAUCGUUGGCCUGGGAGGUCGAUUCCCUGGUGACGCCUCCAGCCCCGAGAGGUUAUGGCAGCUCGUCUCAGAGGGCCGCAGCGCUCGGAGUGAAGUGCCCAAGGAUCGGUUCAGUGUGGAUGCCUUCUACCAUCCUCACCAUGAACGACAGGGGACUCUCAAUGUGCGCCAUGCACACUUCAUGAACGGUGACAUUGCUGCAUUCGAUGCCCCGUUCUUUUCCAUCACGCCGGCAGAGGCAAAGGCGAUGGAUCCCCAACAACGCAUGGCGCUGGAGUGCACCUACGAAGCAUUGGAGAAUGCCGGGCAGCGUCUGGAGGACGUUGUAGGGUCUAAAACCUCUUGCUAUAUCGGCUGCUUCACCAGGGACUACAGUGACAUGCUUGCCUGUGACCGGGAAAAUCUUCCCUUGUAUCAUGGAACUGGGACAGGUUCCGCGAUUAUGUCCAAUCGGAUCUCCUGGUACUUUGACCUCAAGGGGCCGAGUAUCAGUCUGGACACGGCAUGCUCCUCUUCGUUGGUAGCUCUCCACUUGGGGUGCCAGAGUCUCCGAACGGGAGAAUCUGAAAUGUCGAUCGUGGGAGGCACCAACCUGAUCUUACUGCCGGAUAUCAUGUCGGCGAUGUCGGCCUUGCAUUUCCUCAGCCCGGAUGGGAAAUGCCAGUCAUUCGAUUACAAGGCCAAUGGUUACUCGCGCGGAGAGGGAGCUGCGGUGGUGAUUCUGAAGCCCCUUCAUCUGGAAUUGAGGGACAAUGAUGUGAUUCGCGCCGUCAUCCGCGGGACCGCAGUGAAUCAGGAUGGAAAUACCCCUGGAAUCACACUGGCCUCUGCCACAGCACAGGAGGCCCUUAUCCGGGAGACCUACGCAAAUGCCGGACUGGACUUCAAGGAUACAGCCUACGUCGAGGCGCACGGCACCGGUACACCGGCCGGUGACCCGGUCGAAGCCGAGGCCCUCGCAGCGACGUUUGGCAAGUCCAGAUCCAAGGAUGAUCCGGUAUUCGUCGGCUCCAUUAAGACCAACAUCGGCCAUCUCGAGGGAGGCUCUGGUCUGGCACAAGUUGUCAAGGCAGUUUUUGCACUCGAGAAAGGUCAAAUUCCCCCGAGCCUUUGGUUUGAGAGGCAGAACGAUCGAAUCCGACUCGAGGAGUGGGGUCUCGCCAUUCCUACGAAUUUGCUGUCUUGGCCGAAACCGGGCUUGAGGAGACUCAGUAUCAAUUCUUUCGGCUAUGGCGGAACCAACGCGCAUUGUAUCCUCGAUGAUGCGUUCCACUACAUGAGGUCGCGGGGCCUGAAGGGCAAUCACAACACCACCACCGAAGGGGACUCACAGUCGCCAGCGUUCUCUUCAGCGGACUCCGGGGUGGCCCUCUCUUUCGACAAUACAUCUUUGCUCUCGGACCGCCUCAAGCUCUUAACUGACGUUGUCUAUUUCUCUGACCGAAAGAGGCAGCGUGCAUUGCUGUAUGUGUGGUCAUCCCAUGAGCAGCUUGGGAUUGAGCGAACGGCCAGAAUGUAUUCGGAGUAUCUGGCGGCUCAGCAGGCAGAGGUGCAGGAUAGCGAGAGUCAAACACUGCUCGGCCGCUUUGCCUAUACGUUGGCCACCAGAAGGAGCGUCCUGCCGUGGAAGAGUUUUGUCUUCGCAUCAACCAUGAGCGAGCUUAUAGACAAGCUCGCUGGAUCCUGGCGUAAGCCAAUCCGGUCUUCCGGGACCCCUAAGGUGGCAUUCAUCUUCACGGGGCAGGGGGCGCAGUGGUAUGGAAUGGGACGGGAACUGUGUGCCUACCAGGUCUUCAGGGAAAGCCUGGAAGCAGCCAGCACUUUUCUCGUGUCUCUCGGCUGCUCCUGGUCGCUUUUGAAUGAGCUGCUGCAGGAUGCGGAGUCAUCACGGAUCAACGCCGCUUCUUUCAGUCAGCCCAUUUGUACGGCGGUUCAGGUCGCGCUGGUGGACUUGCUAAGGCAUUGGGGAGUCCGCCCCCGCGCUGUUGUCGGACAUUCCAGCGGCGAGAUCGCCGCCGCGUAUGCCAAAGGUGCCAUCACUAGGGAGAGUGCAUGGAUGAUAGCCUACCACCGUGGAAGACUGUCCGAGAGUAUCCGCGGCCUUGCACCCCAUCUGGAUGGGGGCAUGCUGGCCGUCGGGCUGGACAGGCAGAACCAUUCCAGCACCACUCUCUCUGGCGACUCUGCCUCUAUACAGGGGCUUGAAAAACGUAUUCAAGCGGAUGGACACUUUGCCCGUCGGCUCAAGGUGGAGACCGCGUAUCAUUCUCCGCACAUGGAGACCAUUGCCUCGCACUAUCUCGACAGUCUUCACGAUUUAUCCCCUCUGAGGGCGGACGGGGAUAAAAUCAAGAUAUUUUCCAGCGUGACAGGGACACUUUCUCCCUACACGGAGACAAACCAGGGCAAAAAAAGCAGACGUGCAGGGAAGCCUUACGCUAAUAUCCUCAUUGAAAUCGGUCCUCAUUCCGCUUUGAAAGGUCCCAUUAAGCAGACGCUGAGCUCCGAGCCACGAACGUCUGAUGUCACCUAUCUUUCGGUGCUGCAGCGUGGAUUCGAUGCAUGUGAGACAGCUCUGCAGGUGGCGGGCGAGCUCUUCGCCUCCGGAUACCCGGUUGACAUUUCCCGGGUUAAUCGCGAGGCGAUAGCCCCAAAGUCCCAGGCGUAUCUGGUCAAUCUUCCCCCAUUCGCAUGGAACCGGCAGCAAAGAUACUGGUUCGAAUCGGCUGCGGCAAUGAACCACCGCUUCCGCAAGCAUCCACGAAAGGACCUGGUGGGCAGUUUGACUGUGGAUGGCGUGGACAUCGACCCCCGCUGGCGGAACAUCAUCCGCCUCAAUGAGGCGCCGUGGAUCGAGGAUGAUGGUGGCCGCAAUCGAGGCGAUGAAGAGCAGGCGGACCCGGACAGGGAGAUUGCAGGAUUUGAGCUCCGCGACAUCCUCAUUGGCAAGGCUAUCGUGGUGCCGGCUGAUGACCCAGGAGUCGAGAUGGUGCUCUCCCUCCGGCCAUGGAGACUGGGCUCUCGGGCAACUGCUUCGGCGUGGCAGGAGUUUACAUUGUACACGAGACAAGAAGGCUGGGACAAGAAUUGCUCGGGUCUGAUUCAGGUGAAGUAUAGGGAGUCAAAAAACCCCCUCUUCGUCGAUGAGGAUCGAGAGUCGGAUCGACUCUUCAGGGACACAUACCUCCAGACCGUCGAAGAUUGUCCCAAGUCGGAGAAUCCUCGCCAGUUCUACGAACAUCUGACCACCAUUGGCCUGUACUACGGGGAUGUCUUCCAGAAUCUGAUCAACGUUAAACAAGGCCAUUACAAGGGUGUCUGCUCGCUUCACAUCCCAGACACGCGGAGCCGGAUGCCGAUGAAGUUUGAGUAUGACCAUGUUAUCCAUCCGACCACGUUGGACAGCAUCAUCCAGAUGGCGCUUUUUGCCACGACUGCACUCGGCGAGGAGAUGACAGUCGCCAAGGUGCCCACGUCCAUUGACCGAUUGUAUGUGUCCGCAGCUGUGCCUUCGUUGCCCGGUACUCUGCUACAAGGGUACGCCCGAGUGCGGCUGACAGGAUUUGACGACGGCGAGGCCACGGUUGCUGUUUCUACGCCGGAUUGGGAACGGCCUCUGGUUGUCUUUGACGGCAUCAAAAGCAAAUCGUUGUCCGGAACGUCUGACAAUGCGGCCGCUGCGGCCAGUAUGAGAAAGCUGACGAGCUACUUCCACUGUAAGGAAGACCUAGCCAUGCUCCAACCGGAAGAUAUCACAAGUAUCUGCGAGGCGUCGUCAGCCAAUCUUGACCGAACGAGCCCAGCAACAAUCGCCGAGCUGGAGCUGGCUUCAUUCAUUAUCAUCAAGCGCGUGCUCGCGGCCAUCACCCCCGAGGAGGCACAGAGUUUGUCACCGCCUCAUCUGCGCACCUUCUACCAGUACAUGCAGCGCACCUAUGAUCUUGGCGUACAGGGAAAGAUUCUCCAUCAACAGGCUAUCGCGGAUAUCGACUGGCUCCGAACCAGCCAGGAUGUCGAGGACGAGAUUCUAGCUCGGGUCUCUCAGACAACCACCGACGGUGCAGUCCUGCAUCAGCAUGGCCUCAACCUGGUCGGCAUUCUGCGAGGCAACGCUCUUCCACUCGAGGUACUGAUGAAGGACAAUCUUCUGCACGAUUUCUACUCGAGCGGGGUGGGUUGCCCUCAGAACUACGCCAAAUUAUCCGAGUACGUCGGGCUCCUGGCUCAUAAGCAGCCGGACAUGAAGAUCUUAGAGGUCGGUGCCGGGACGGGGGGAGCCACGCUUCCCUUGCUCGAACGGCUAGGAGGACACAACGGCACCAGUCCCAUGUUCUCCAACUACACAUUCACAGACAUCAGCGCUGGGUUUUUUGAGAAGGCCCAUGUGAAGCUCAAGUCCUGGGCGCCCUUUAUGACCUACGCUCGGCUCAACGUCGAAGAGGAUCCAGUGGCUCAGGGGUUUGCCGAAGGGGGCUACGACCUCAUCGUCGCCUCCAACGUCCUGCACGCCACACGAUGCAUGGAUACCACGCUUGCAAAUGUGAAGAAGCUCCUGAAGCCGUCCGGUACGCUGAUCCUCAGUGAGAUCACCAACCCGCUCCUGCGUGCGACGAUGAUUGUGGGGUUGUUGGAAGGAUGGUGGGUCGGAGAGGCCGAUGGUCGGAAAUGGGGCCCUGUCCUGACCGAAGCUGAAUGGCAUGAGGCCUUGCUGCGAGCGGGAUUUAGCGGCGUGGACGUCUGUCUACCGGAUUGGGAGGAUCCCCGCGAUCAUUUCCUGUCUGUACUGGUUUCUUCUGCUGCCGCCUCGAGAGGGCACACUGUGCCUGCAGAGGUUUUAGUCGUUGUGCCCGAGGCUCCGACAGAAGAGGUGCGAAGGUUGACGACGGCCUUGUCGGCCAGCUUACAGGCGGGCGGUGCGAGGGAUGUUACAGUUACGACCCUUCAAGACAUCCCUCCCCCAGACGAGCUAAAGAACAAGUCCUCGGUGACGCUGCUUGAAUGCGACUCCGAGCACCCCUUCCUGCCGGAGGUUUCUCCAGAGGAGUGGGAUGCAUUGAAAGUCCUCAUCCUUGAGUCCGCUGACGUGACUUGGGUCUCCCGAGGGGCAGUCACCACGAGCGAGUCCCCCUUUGCGAACCUGAUGACAGGCAUGGCGCGUAGCAUCCGUGCGGAGAACCCGCAGCUUGCCUUCACCACGGUCGAUCUCGAUCCACAGCGGUCAAUGGAUUCCCCACGGGGGAUCAAAGUCCUGAUCGACAUCUUCGUCCAGGGUGCAUGCUCACGGGAGAGUCAGAGACCUGACUGGGAGUAUGCUAUCCGGAACGAGCGGGCGAUGGUUCAGCGAAUUCUCAUGGAGAAGGGCAUGAACGAUUUGAUUGCCACGUAUAACGUCGCUCCUCAACCGAAGAUGGCUCCUUUCAAGCAGAAAGGGCGUGCAUUGACGUUGUCCGUCGGGACUCCCGGCCGACUUGACACGCUUCAAUUUGUCGAUGACCCCGUUGUCGCGAGAGAGGAUGUAAAGCCAGAUGAGGUCGAAAUUGAGGUGAAGGGUGUUGGACUGAACUUCAAGGAUAUCAUGGUUGCCAUGGGACAAUUACCACAGCCGGCUCUGAAAAUCGACUGCAGUGGUGUGGUAACCCGGGUGGGCAGUCAGGUUGACAACCUCCGUCCUGGAGAUGCAGUGAUGACCUGGCGCCCUGGUGCAUUCAGCAACUAUCUCCGUUCGCCUCAAAGCAUGGUGCACCGAAUCCCUGAUGGAAUCAGUUUUGCCACGGCAGCCUCUCUCCCCGUCGUUUAUAGCACCGCCCACUACGCUCUGCACUAUGCCGCGGGAUUGCGCGCCGGGGAGAGUAUCCUCAUCCACGGGGCCGCUGGAGGUGUAGGACAAGCAGCUAUCAUCCUCGCGCAGCAUAUCGGCGCGAAGGUUUUUGCUACCGUCUCCUCGGAGACCAAGAGAUCGCUCCUAGUUGACAAGUACGGGAUCCCGCAAGACCACAUUUUCAAUAGCAGGGAUGUGCAAUUUGCACAAGGUAUCAAACGAAUGACCCACGGCCGAGGCGUUGAUGUGGUCCUGAACUCGCUGGCUGGCGAAGCGCUGCGACAGUCGUGGCACUGCAUUGCGACCUGCGGACGGUUUGUUGAAUUGGGGCAAAGGGAUAUAGUGGGAAACACCGGCUUGGACAUGGCACCUUUUAUCCGAAACGCUUCCUUCCACGCCAUCAACAUGCUUGCGGUCCUGGACGGGCACCUUUCUUUAGCAGCUCAAGUGUUCUCGGAUGUCGUGGGUCUCCUCGACCGAGGUAUCAUUAGGCCUGUCCAUCCCGUCGUCUCGAUGCCAUUCUCAAAGAUGGAAGAGGCAUUCCGCCUGAUGCAGACGAGCCAACAUCUGGGCAAGAUCGUUCUGGAACCCACCGAAGACGAAUUGGUUCCGUGCAUCCCACCAAAAGUCGCACCAUAUGAAUUCGACGCUCACUCGACCUAUAUCCUGGCGGGCGGUUCUGGCGGACUGGGAAGAUGCCUGGGCCGAUGGAUGGUAGAGCAAGGGGCACGUCAUAUCGUCUUCCUGUCCCGAUCCGGGCUGAAGAAGCCUGAACUGCAAGAGACAGUGGAGAUGUUGCAGAAACGCGGCGCCAGGGUGGCUGCCUACCCGUGCGAUGUGAGCAAGGAAGCCGACGUGGCUGCUGCAGUAACAAUGCUUGCGAAUGAGUUUCCUCCAGUCAAGGGUGUCAUUCAGGGGGCAAUGGUCUUGAAUGAUGCAAUUUACCAGAACAUGACGCAGCAACAGUUCAUGGGCGCUGUUCGGCCCAAGGUCCAGGGAAGCUGGAAUUUGCACAAAUAUCUGCCUCGGGACAUGGACUUUUACGUGCUGCUGUCCUCCAGCGUUGGUAUUGCCGGUUCCAGAGGACAAGGGAAUUAUUCCGCUGGGAACUCCUUCCAAGACGCACUGGCACAUUACCGACAGCUUCACGGGCAGCACGGGGUGUCCAUCGAUGUUGGCAUGGUGCUCGGCGUGGGCUUCCUGGCCGAUAACACAGAGGAGCGGGUCCACGACAACACCAAGACGUGGAGUUUUAUCGGGAUCCGCGAGAAGGAAUUCCUCGGCAUGGUCCAAGCCGCCAUCACCGGGGUGAGCAUCAAAGGACAGCCUGUUCCCCCUCAGCUGGUGACCGGCCUCGGAACGGGCGGGAUGAUGGCCCAAGGCGCGGAGAAAUAUCCUUGGUGGUUCAAUGACGCCAAGUUCGCUCACCUUGUCCAGGUCGAUACGCAUCAGGUCGUUCAGACCAAAGAUGAGGAUUCGGCGCAGCUGCAAGCACUGCUAUCGCGCGUUACGACCAUGGAUGCUGCAGCCGAGAUUGUCUGUGCGGCGCUAAUUGGGAAAUUGGCCAAAUCCAUGAUGAUGCCCGUCAAAGAUGUCGAGGCGUCGCGUCCGGCGGAUGUGUCCGUCUUUGACCUGCUGAGCAACAUUCCGAUUAGCUCGCUGUCGCGAAGGAUCGUUGGCAGAUCUAAAUGUAUCCCGGACGGGGUGGUGGAGGCUGACAACUGA